AUUUCAUGUCGCUGGACCAACAUUGAAAAUGACUUAGUUUGAAUGAAUCCAAUUGGAGACUGGUACUAGUAUAUUAUGUAUUAAAGUGUUCAACUGCUCCCAAAAUGGAUGACAGCUCGCCAGAUCUGUCGUUGAAGCUGCGACGCGGCUCUAGCGAUUCCCGGGAGUCAUUUUACAUGGAUUUCGCUCAAGGAAUCGACUCCGAUAUCGAGGAGGUGACGACAAUUGAACGAGUGAUUCCAGAACACCCGGGAGGCAGGACUGAAGGUGAUGCUGACACUUUGGCUACUCCUUCUGGUCUUGAGGAAAAUAAGGAGUUAAUACCAUGUUGUUACUCCAUUCCGCCCAACAACAUGUCUGGUGGGUCACACGUCUCUCGAGCAACAUUUGGAGGGGCAGAGUCGGAAAUAUCAGGCGGCAGUGCCCCUCCGCUGCCCAGUCCUGCUUCGGCGGGGGCUGCGCUGGUGUCUCCAGAGACGUUGAGCCGACACAGCAGCCCCCCGCCGUUGCCUGCCCAUCCCUCCCACCAACAACCAGCACCGUCCUGUUCUUCACAUAGGGUGCACAUGGAGUCUCCGUUGAGGUUAUCGAGUCCUCCAUCGUUGUCUUUGGGAGGAUCUCUUUCCCUUCAACCAGUGCUGUAUGGUCCAUCUGGUGGACCUGUCCACGCACCACUGCCUCCAGCACGUCGAGCUUCUAGACCUUCAGCGUCUAUACAACCCAUGCAUGUUAUAAGCGCGAGUGAUGCAUUGGCGACUACAUUAUCAGCUUUAUAUGGAAAACUGUUGGUUGUGAUGGGUGUCGCUUUUCCCAUGGCGGAAGUCAUAUCUACCUAUAUCCCGCCCUCGUUUUAUGAGGGUUUCUACCUAUAUUUAUACAUCGGCAGCAUGGUGUUCUUACUAUACAUGUACGCAGCGUUAGUGAAGGACAGAUCGCGGUCAGCAGCUGAUACUACUGUUGUGGCCAAAACAGAUUCGAGUUCAUCACCCUCGGAGUCCGAUUCAUGUUCAUCCCGGACAGAGAGGAGCACGGCCACUCCGCACGUACCACCGCAGCUUGCAGCCAAGCGGCUGUCACUUGGCUUUGCACUUGCUACACGCACGCAUCACUAUGGAAGCUUCUAUCUCAGGAUGGGUGCAGUGGCAUUCGGCAUCGGCUCCAUGAUAUACUCUGGGUUGGAGUUUGGACAAUACUGGGAACUGGAACGAGACACCAAUUGCCAUAAUGUAUUGCUUGCAUUGACACCCGCGACCAGAAUGGCCUUCAUCUUUAUACAGAUGUAUUUCAUCUUUCUUAAUAAUGAGAUGAAAGUAUACAAGCACAAGAUAGUAGCACGGUUCGGUCUGAUGCACAUGGUGGGCACCAACCUGAGUGUAUGGCUGAACGUCCUAGUACAGGAGACCAAGCACGAGAUCCUUACAUUCUACGAUCCAGAGAAUAAGACCAUAGGCUUGUCCCAUAGACUUGCAUUUCAAAAGGCCUUCGCGUCUCUAGCAACUGAAGUUCCAUCUUCGCAUCCGGCUGCGGCACACUUACGAGUACCGAGGGGGUUGAAGGGCCCACAUCAUAUCUUCGAAUGUCGCCGAACCAACAUCAUGGGGUCUCUAGUACAGGACGCCUCUCCAUUUCUUUUCCCAUGCACAAUUGAGUAUUCUCUAAUAUGCGCAGCCAUAUUAUAUGUCAUGUGGAAAAACAUAUCUAAAUAUCCAUCAAAGGAUGUCGCAGCUGCUAUAGCAAAAGCAAGAAUAUUAGAGGGACUUGCAUAUAAGAAGUCACCACACUUAUAUAGUGUUGAUUGUGCUCGUGCACACAAGGGGCUAUUUUUUGGUAUUCUAGUCUUAGUUCUUACAAUAAUAUCGUUAAUAUUGUUCUUCGUUUUAGUAUCUAAAAAAGAAUAUGCAACAUUGGCGGUUGUGGAAGUUAAUCUCUGUGAGUUGGGGUUGUAUGCAAUGACAACAUUUGCUAGUCUUGCGGGAAUGGUCUGCGUCCGAAAUCUCAAGUAUGAUGGUAAUCGAAAUCUAGAAUUGGAUAAUAUACUUUUAGUGGGCGCUCAAACUGGCAUGUUUAUUUACGGUACAUUUACAAUUAUAGGAGGACAUUUUACUAUCGAAAAGAAUACGAUUCUUAUUCUAAUUACUGCACUGUCAUCCUUAAUUCAAACAACAUGUCAGACGAUGUUUAUAUUGGAUGCAAGUCGAAGAUCGGCAAAAACUCCUGAGCAAUUGCGAAAGAAACCUGGAAGAGAAAUAGUGACGUUUCUUUUGGUUACUAAUCUAGCGAUGUGGGCUAUAAAUACACUAGAAAAGUCUCGAGCCGAAUCUCACCCAGUUCAGCUGCAUUUUUAUGGUUUGUGGGCUUGGACCAUUAUAACACAUGUUUCGAUGCCUUUAGCAAUAUUCUACAGAUUCCAUUCGACGGUGUGCUUAUGUGAGAUCUGGAAACGUGCUUAUAAAAUGAAGCCUGCUUACAUGUAGCGAUGGGCCCGAAGGUAUUAGAGUGCAAUGCGACAAAACACCAACUAUGGUACAUUUGAAUUAAAAAAAGUAGAACACUGGUGUAGUUACGUGUUAGUGCCAUAGAUUCAACUAACGGGGUAUCGAUACUGUUAAAUUUGAGGACACUAAGUUAAAAUAUACUGAAAAAUACUCAGUGGUGUCAAAUUUAAUUCUAGAAAUAUAGUUGUUGUUUGCCGGUAAGGAAUGUAGGUACGUAGACCAUGAUAAUCUAUAAUAACCAGUUUGUCUACAUUAUUAUCUUUAUACUCAAGCGCUUGGGUUAUUAAACUUAUUCCUUUGAUCGGCAUUCACUUUUAGCCACCCUAUAUUAGUUUUGAAGUUGACUGCUUUAAUGUUAAGUUAUUGUAUUAAAAUAUUUUAAUGUGUUAUUUAUUUGUAGCUUUAUUGAAUGCUUUAACAAUCAUAACGAUAACUAGUGUUAUGUUAUACUAUUUAAACUACAGUAUUUUUUAAUUGAACGGGUUAGAUUUUAUUGAUUUAGCGCUUAAUACUUAUAUGUUAUUUUUUCUGAAAUUGUAGUGUUAUUGUUACAAUACAUGUAAAUGAAGUUAUUGUGUUCAUAUUAUCAUUCUAUUUAAGUACAGUUAGUUAAGAAUAUAUUUAUAGAAGCAGAUUCGGUAGAAACAUUCCAAUUUAUGUUAAACCACAUCAUACAUUCACGCACUCGUUUUGAAAAUAAAUGUCUUCCAUUAGGUUACACAUUUAUGUUACAGCAAAUAUAUCACAUAGAACAUUGAAUAAAUUUGUCGCCAUUCAUUUUUAUUUUGAUAUGACGCCAUUAUUUAUAACGGGAACAAUAAUCGACCUAAUAAUAUUUUUGAAAAAUUUUUGAGCAUCAAGCUUUGAUAUAAUGAUUACAAUAAAAUAUUAAAAUAAUUUUACUAAGUAUGAACUUAACAUAGUUUGAACAGAGUUUAGAAAUUUUGUAGCAAUAUUUUUACGAUAAAAAUGUAGUAUUACAAUAUUUUGGAUAAAAAUUUUGAAAUGUAGUAAUACUUACCGAGGACCCAGUAGUUAGACAAAAAUAACACCAAAGUUUUAUACGAGUAGAUUUUUGGAGCUUAUUAUGGAAUAGAUUCGUAUGAAUGUGAAUAUUCUUUUAUAGAAUGGUAGUUAUUCAAUUGAAACACCAAAAUCUACAUAUAUUUUGAAAUGAUAAUUGAUAGACUUAGCUAUUUCGUCCAGUACAUAGUCUUUAUUAAUUGCAUGUAUUUUGAAAGUCAACUACUGCGAGAUGAAAUGCUUUUUAGAUUUACACUAUUUAUUAUCGAUCAUCACACUUUAUAUAUUACGAUCCUAAAUCUUUCCAUUUCCGCUUAGAUAUUAUGUGUUUGUUUUACUAUUAUUUCGAAAAUAAUAAUACCAAGUGAGAACUUUUAGCUUUAGGAGUACCAUUAUGAUGUAAUUGCAAUAUUCAUGGUACUGCUACUGCUACACUCUAAGUCACAUAUAUCACAUUUUAUCAAGUGGGCCAAUAUAAUUAUUAUUAACGAUACCAUAAUAAAUUCUCUGUCAUUAUCCUUUUAAUUUUCUAUUUUCCAGAGAUAUUAUAUUCCGUAGACUUAUCAAUUGGCUUUGAUUCAAAUAUUCAAAAUACUUUACAUAUUGCUCAAAUUAUGCACUUGGAGUUCUGUACAUCUGAUUUAUAUGAAUUAUAAAAAGAGUUAAUAUUUAUAAUUGAUAUUUUCAAGUAAAGAUUCAUUUUGCAGAAACGCUUAUUGUUCUGUACAUAGUUAUUAGUUAUAAAAGAUUAUAUAAUAUAACUUUGCUAUAUAUAUCUAUUUUGCUUGUUUACCUCAGCUUCUGAAUUAGGUUUCAGAAAACGAAAUGUUUUGAUAUGUUCUAUAUUAUUGUAUAAAUACCUAUAUUAUAAUUAGUAAUAGUCCUUUAUACAUUUUUAUUCAAAUCGUAAAAUUUCAUUGUUAUAUACAUUUACUCUAUUAUAUAUAAGUAUAAGUUAACAUUAAAUACUCAAUUUACACAAUGUUAAGCAAUGCAGUUAUGAGAAACGUCGAAUUUGUUUUACUGUUUUCACAAGUAACUUGUUACAGGAUUUACUUUACGACUUUUGUAAACUCCACUCUUGUCAUCACUUAUUUAAAAUAACUUUUAUUUAAGUAUUAACUUAUUUUUAGUAUGAAAGUUUGUAGUUAAAUAAAAGUAGUUAAAUUUUAGUUAUUUCGCUGUUACUCAUAAAGAUUACACUCAUACAAUGUCUAUGAGUUGAUUAGAAUUAAAUACUUGUGUAUUUUAUUUGUGCUCAGCUAUUUAUUACCGUUAUUUAUUAUAAUUAUCCGUGCAAAUUGGUAUGCUGGUUUAAAUGCUCAACUUUUAGACGACUCCGUUUAUAAUUAAAAUUUUAAAGAAUUUUAAUUGACGAUUUAUCUAGUACCUCCUUGUUAGAUAAAUAUAUAGUGUAGUAACACGAUUAUUUUUUAUAUUUGAGUAUGUAACUACAUAAUCAAAUAAUCGAUAGACAACAGAGAGCUAUAGCUAGGAGUUUGUGAUUGGGUCCUGAUAAAACAUUUUUUUUUCAUUAAUAUUCAUGUUUCUCAUAAAUGCACUUCGGACACGAACACAAUAUGUAGGUAGUGUGUUUUAUGAUUAUUAACUUCACGCUGUGAUUCGCUAUGGGAUUGUUAAUCAUAAUUAUUACCUACUUUUAAUAGUAUAAUAAUAUGUAUAUCUCCAAAUUUAUGUAAUAUUUUUAAUUCGUAAUACACUUUUGAUAUUAAAACACUUUAUAUUAUGCGUUAUGGAUAAGUAUGAUAAGUACUUUUGUUAUGGUGAACAAUAGUUAUUUCGCCAGAAUUUUGUAAGCACCUAUAUAAUUUUUGCUUUAUAUUCUACAAAUUUGUAAUCCAAAUAAUAUUAUCUCUUAAAGUAAACUUUUCACUUUUUCUAUUAAGAAAAUAUAAUGACAAAAUAUAUGAUGGAUAUGUUAUAGGGAUCCGUGGCUUAGACGUUACGAUACUCGGUUAUUGUAGAGUCGAUAAAACUUUUUUUUAUUAAUAUUGGAUAUAUUAAUUAUGUAUUUUAAUGUAAUUAGUAUAGCAAACAAGUACCUAGUUAUUAUCAUUGCCUGUACAUAUAUGUAUGACACCACGGAUAUUGCGUCACCAUUUGACGCCUUCGGUCCCAUACAUGCGUUGUCAUUCUAGAGUUAACUAUUCUUCGAUACACUGUUGUUUUGUAUAUUUCAUAAACCUACCCAAACAAAAAGAGUUACCGAGUUGACACAGAGGUACCCACGUGGAUGAAUAAAAAUGAGCGACAAAACGUAAACAAAUUCAA